ACUCUUCCUUCUACGGCAUCUUUUGGAUUGGCGUAGCUCUAGAAGGGAGGGGCCUCAAGAGUCUAGCAUCGAUCAUCAUAGAGCCCGAAAAAUGGUAGAAGGGGGGCCUUUUUGAGGCUAACCUCGUCUCCAUGCCCAUAUUUUCCUGCCCUGAGAAGCCCCAUCUUCUUGGCUUCUUCUACAUGUGUAUCAGAGCAGAAACCUCUUACCUUUCUCCAAGCCCAUAUGACAAAAUGUACCAAAAUUAUAAUCGGUUUCCUAGAAACCCGAAAAUUGGUCAAAUUUGAUCAUAAAUCACCUGAUGACAAACUGUUGAGAGGAUUUGGGUCGUCAUGCGUACAGAAUCAGUGGUCUAGCUACCGUGAUAUCACGCAUUCAGGGAGCUCAUGGGCUUGUGAUCAGACCAUUUAUCGUGCCAAAACUUUUCCGGUGAUUUAUCGGUAAGAUGAAAUGACUCUUUUGUCCCUAGCCCCGUCUCCACUCCAUUACAUUUGAUAUGGGUGCCUCUGUUAAGCCCCUUCUUCCUCCUCGUUUUCUACCCUGUCUCUGAUGUCAAAAGACUUCCCACCAUCAGCACUAGAUUUUCUUUUCCCUGUAACUAAAGUCAAAGUAUAGCCUAAAAUGCAACUAAAUUCUCAGCAUCCAAACAGGGGAAAUAACACAAAAUUGAAAAUUCAUAAACCCAUCUCAGCACACCCGCGCCAACCUAUUACAGCCCAAAAUGCGACCAAAAAACACUAACCCGAGGGAAAAAUCAUAAAAUUUCAGCUCCAAACUUGCAGAAAUAUUCAAAUAAACUUCUAUAUUUCUGAAACUUACCCAUUAACAAUCUCAAAUGCCACCCAAAAAUCUCUUUUAGCAUUCCGAGCUUGCCGGAACCCGAAAAUUUCAGAAGAUUGAAGUACUAGGAGUGAAGAUAACGUAAAAUCAUACGUUAAGAGAAUGAAAUUGGGCAACAUUGCAUUGAAUUGUAGACCAAGUGAUUGAUAAAAUGAACUUAAAUGAACAAGCUACUGAAAUUAAGUUCUCCAAGCUCCCACCCUCAAAUUCAAAAAUUAAAAAAAAAAAAAAAACAAACCCAACAAUAAAAAAGGAAAAUUUCUUUUUUUGUAUUUAAAAAAUUUCCAUCUCAAAUUAUUUUCCAACUUUCUUGGAGCUUACUCAUCCCUCUAUCCGUCUGCAAUCAAAGCCAUGAAGACAAGGCCAUAAAACCAACUAAGACUCAGACCAUGGCUGAACCAAAUGGUCACCAUUGCUUGGUCUCUGACCACCUAAGGCUUAAGUUUUUAGCUUUAUACUAGGAUAAACCGCCCAAACACCACCUCUUUCUCUUCAACUUUCUCUCUCUGAGAUUUCUGAAAAAAUUAGGAAAAAAAUUGAAUAUUUUUUUGGAGGGUUUUUUUGUUUUUUUUUAAUUAGUAUAAUUAUAAUAUAUGUAUUGAUGGAAUUUAUUUUCUCUUUCUCUUUUUCUCUCUCUUCUUCUGCUUCUUCUUGUUCUUCAUCUUCUUCGUCGUCUGGGGUGAGAUCCCUAUUUUCGAUCCCGCCAAACAGCAUUUUUCUCGCGUGAAUUUUCGCGGGGAAAUUGGCUUUUGUGGUGAAUCUGGGUCGCUGUUUUCUGGGUCGGAGGAAUUGUGGAGAAAUUUUCUAUGGUCUUGGAGGGUUGGUUUGGGAUUAGGGUUUUGGGAAAUUUGGGGUUUUGUUGGGAAUUCGAAUAGGAUUUGGUUGGGGGGGGAACAAUGAUAAUUAAGCGCAAUUUGAAAUCGAAAAUGCCGAGUAUGAAACGAUGCAGACUCGGCCACUCGGCGGCGGACGACGAUGAGUCGCCGGCGGCGAAGAAGAAGCGUAAGAUGAAUGGUUAUUUCCCUCUGAAUCUGCUCGGGGACGUCGCAGCGGGGAUAAUUCCGUUGAGCGGGUACGGCCUUCAACGGAUAUUCGGCGGUCACGUCGGAGAUGUGGAGGCGUCGUGGUGCACGGAGAUUUCAACCUGCGCCGGCGAGGUGGUGUCGAAAUCCAAGGACGGAGACGGCGUGGGAGCUAUGAAUCGUGCGGCUCAGGUUCACCGGCCGCCGCUGGUGAGGACGUCAAGGGGACGAGUUCAGGUACUCCCAUCUCGAUUCAACGAUUCAAUUCUUGAUAAUUGGAGGAAAGAGAGCAAACCCAAUGCUCGUGAGAUCAUUCUAGAUGAGGAUUUCGAACCGGAAAAAGAAAAACCUUGUUCCAAAACCCCGAAACAGAGUGUGAAAAAGGGGCUAAAUGAGGGUAAAUUUGGACACCAAUGUAGAAAAUUCUCGGCAUUGUGUCAAGAAGACGGAGAUGAAAUGGGGUAUGUUGGGUUUAAGAAUGUUGGUACCAAGAAGAAGUAUUCCAGUUCGCGCAGUUCACUUACUUCUCUGCAUGAGCAAUUGGCAGAGGUCGAGCGGUAUCCAACUGACGAAGUUGAGGAAAAGUUCGGUUUGGGAAGAGUCGAUAGAGAGAGUAAAGGUGGUAGUAGGUUAGAGGAGUUUAUUUCAGGUGAUAUAGUAUGGGCGAAGUCGGGGAAGAAGGAUCCUUUCUGGCCUGCCAUUGUCAUUGAUCCAACCUCGCAAGCACCCGGGCAAGUUUUGAGUUCAUGUAUUGCUGGCGCAGUUUGUGUAAUGUUCUUUGGCUAUUCUGGAAAUGGGAGUCGAGAUUAUGGGUGGAUUAAGCGUGGGAUGAUAUUUUCAUUCAUAGAUAAUGUAGAAAGGUUCCAGGGACAAAGUGACUUGAAUGAUUGUAAGCCCAGUGAUUUUCGGACAGCUAUAGAGGAGGCAUUUCUUGCAGAAAAUGGUUUUAUUGAGAAGCUGACAGAGGAUAUAAAUGUGGCUUCUGGGAAACCCAAUUAUCUUGAAUCCACUAGAGGGAUCCAAGAGGCUACUGGUUCGAAUCAGGAUCAAGAAUGCGAUUCUCAGGACCAGGAUGUAUUUAGGAAGAAGGACACAUGGUCUUGUGAUGGCUGCGGCUUGAGAAUUCCUCUUAAAAGUACAAAGAAAAUGAAAGUUUUGACUCCUAAAGGCCGUUUUCUAUGUAAAACCUGUGAUAGGUUGUUAAAAUCCAAACAGUAUUGUGGCAUAUGCAAGAAGAUGCAGAAUCAAUCAGACAGUGGGACUUGGGUGCGCUGUGAUGGUUGCAAAGUUUGGGUGCAUGCAGAGUGUGGUAAAAUUUCCAGUAAACUUUUCAAGAAUCUUGGGGCUACUGAUUAUUACUGCCCUGCUUGCAAAGCAAAGUUUAAUUUUGAAUUGUCAGAUUCAGAAAGAUGGCAGCCUAAAGUCAAAUGCAACAAAAACAACAGUCAAUUAGUGCUGCCUAACAAGGUUACAGUUACUUGCUCGGGUGUGGAAGGCAUAUAUUUCCCAAGCAUUCAUUUAGUUGUGUGCAAGUGUGGGUCAUGCGGGAUGGAAAAGCAAUCACUUACUGAAUGGGAGCGUCACACAGGUUCCAAAGGGAAAAAUUGGAAGACAAGUGUUAGGGUAAAAGGUUCCAUGUUGUCAUUGGAGCAAUGGAUGCUGCAGGUUGCAGAGUAUCAUGAUAAUAGUUUUCUUGCUGUUAACCCUCCUAAACGACCUUCUAUAAGAGAACGAAGACAGAAGUUGCUUACUUUUUUGCAAGAAAAAUAUGAGCCUGUUCAUGCUAGGUGGACAACAGAACGAUGUGCUGUAUGUAGAUGGGUUGAAGAUUGGGACUACAACAAAAUUAUUAUAUGCAACAGAUGUCAAAUAGCCGUCCAUCAAGAGUGUUAUGGGGCAAGAAAUGUUCGGGAUUUCACUUCAUGGGUUUGCAGAGCAUGUGAAACACCUGAUGUUGAGCGGGAGUGUUGCCUUUGUCCUGUAAAAGGUGGUGCUCUAAAGCCAACUGAUAUUGAGACAUUAUGGGUUCAUGUCACUUGUGCUUGGUUUCAACCUGAAGUUUCUUUCUCAAGUGAUGAAAAGAUGGAGCCUGCUGUUGGCAUCUUGAGCAUUCCAUCAAAUUCUUUUAUAAAGAUUUGCGUAAUCUGUAAGCAAAUACAUGGUUCAUGCACACAGUGUUGCAAGUGUUCUACUUACUACCAUGCAAUGUGUGCAUCAAGGGCGGGGUAUCGUAUGGAGUUGCACAGCUUGGUGAAAAAUGGCAGACAGAUAACAAAGAUGGUUUCAUAUUGUGCUUAUCACAGGGCUCCAAAUCCUGAUACUGUUUUAAUCAUUCAAACUCCCCUAGGGGUUUUCUCUACCAAAAGCCUCAUCCAAAAUAAGAAGAAGUCCGGUUCAAGGUUAAUUUCAUCCAACAGGAUAGAACUUCAACAGAUUCCUACAGUGGAAACUGACGAGUUUGAGCCCUUCUCUGCUGCAAGGUGCCGGAUUUUUAGAAGAUCAAAAUCAAACACUAAGAGGACAGUAGAAGAAGCCAUUGCCCACCAAGUCAAGGGCCCCUUCCAUCAUUCUUUGAGUGCAAUAGAAAGCUUGAAUAUAUUCAGAGGUGACGUGUGGUUUUUUCUUUUCUUCAAACAGGAAGUGGAAGAGCCUAAAAAUUUUUCUACUUUCAGGGAACGGCUUUACCACUUGCAGAGGACUGAAAAUGAUAGGGUUUGCUUUGGUAGAUCUGGAAUACAUGGCUGGGGCCUCUUUGCACGACAAGCUAUUCAAGAAGGAGAUAUGGUUCUUGAAUAUCGAGGUGAACAAGUGAGGCGCAGUAUUGCAGAUAUGAGGGAGGUGCGCUACCGAUUAGAAGGAAAAGACUGCUAUCUCUUUAAGAUCAGUGAAGAAGUGGUAGUCGAUGCUACAGAUAAAGGAAACAUUGCCCGCCUAAUCAACCACUCGUGUGCCCCCAACUGCUAUGCAAGGAUCAUGAGUGUGGGUGACGAUGAGAGCAGGAUUGUUCUUAUUGCUAAGACCAAUGUCGCUGCUGGCGAUGAGCUAACGUAUGACUACUUGUUUGAUCCCGAUGAGCCGGACGAAUGCAAGGUCCCCUGUUUGUGUAAAGCUCCAAACUGCAGAAAAUUCAUGAAUUAGGUAUUUACAUAUACACACACAACACUCCAUUGUUUCUCCGCAAGGAACGCUAACCCCCUAUCAUCGCCUUCUCCCAAGGAGUUAAUACACAGUCGUCUUGCUAAUUCUGCUUUCUUCUUUCUUCUUUCCUUUUCCUCUCUACAAUGAGCCUGUAUUUUAUCUUUCAUUUUGUUCUCAUAAUCUUUCAAGCUUUAAUAAAAGCUAUAGAUUGGUCUCCAGGCAUUUGUGUAUAUAUUGAUUCCAACAUCCUUCUCAAUAUAUUAACCUCAUUUUCUAUUUUCUUA